AUGGAUGACUGGAUAACGGUGCUGCUGUUCAUCUGCUGUGCGGCGCUCCUCAUUCUCUACAAUGUCUCCCAAUGGUGCAAUUAUAUCAUGAGGAUCUCGUUUUUCUAUUUAUGCAUAUUUCUUCAUGGUGUCGAGUGCAAUAUCACAAUGAUCCCGUCCUGGAUUGCAGGCAGUGGAGCUGAUCUUAUCUUCCAUACGUUCAAAUAUUGGACGCUUUGGACAGGGAUCAAUGUGGACGUGCGUGGGUUUGAGGAGAAUCUCAAAAAGCUUUCCGGCUCGGCUGUUGUCAUCUGCAACCACCAGAGUACUGUGGACGUUGUGGCAAUGACUCGAGUUUGGCCGCCUCGUGGCACAGUUAUGAUGAAGGAGUCUCUCAAAUAUAUUCCGUUCUUCAACCUAACCAGUAUUUUCGCAAAUGCGGUUUUUGUGAAGCGCUUCAAACGUGGUCGAGUUUCCGACACUAUCGAGCAAUGCGUGAAACAAAUGAAGAAGUAUAAUUUGAAGAGACUGGAAAGAGAAGCGAAGUGGUCCCAAUUGAUAAUGGUCUUAAGGCUUCGUUUCCUGAACUUCAUAGCUUUCCGUUCACGCACUGAGAAACAGAAUAUUGCGCAGAGGAAACGAUGGGCCGAUCCUGUGUAG